GAAGAAGAGACGCGGCGGUUGAGUUCAAAUUUCAAGAAGGAAAAAAACAAGCGGCAAAUGGAGGGAAAUCAUAUUUAGGUUAAGUGAUCUGUUUUUCACAUACAUUGAAAAUGGAGCAGUUAAAUAUGAGCAGUGAGACAGUGAAGUCCUCAAGAAGGAGACUUUCUUCGAUUUUAAAAGCUCCUCGGACAUCUAUGAAAGUGGUUGGAGCUGAACCAGAGGAACAGCAGGAGGAAGUUACCAAGCCUAUUGAGAAGAAGAGAAUUUCACGAAGAGUGAGUUUUGCCACUACGAAUAAUGUUCGUGUCUUUUCAGACAAUGCAAAGAGUGAAUCUCCUGUACUGGCAUCCAUACAGAACACAACUGCCGAAUAUGGCAUUCAAGAUCAAAGGAUUCUGCAUUUUGUUGAUGAGGCAAAUCACCAAAUCAAAGGCCUUGAAACUUUGUUAAACAAUCCUCUUUAUGUAUCCCAGCAUCUGAAUAAGGAGAAUUUCUUCUCUGAUCCAGUCUUUCAAGAUGACUGUGUGGAUAGAACAAUGUUGCUUGGAGAGGAUACUGGUGUUAUGGAUAUAACUCAUAGUCAUACAAUCACAAUUGAUAAUGAUUAUGAAGUCAAUGAUGAGCCAAAGCCAGAUUUUGACCUCAAAGUGGCUCAGACGCUCAGUGGGAAUCAGAAUGUUGCAAGUCAGGGUGGUUUGUCAUGUUCAGCAAAAGUUGUGACUAAAAAUGUCACUAUGGACUCAGACUUCAAUGCUUUUCUCGCCAGUAUAUCGCAACCUGUUGUAAAACACAAUCUGCCCCCAUCUUCAAAAAAAGAGCUUGGAGAAGAUACUGGAGACAUGGAUAUAACUCAAAGUAACACAAUAACAAUUGAUAAGCAUUAUGAAAACGAUGACCAGCCAAACCCAGACUUUGCCCUCAGAGUGCCUCAAGUGGUCGGUGGGAAUCAGAAUGUUCCAAGUAAGACUGGUUUGUCAUUUAAAGCAAAAAUAGAGACAAAAAAUUCUACUAUGGACUCAGACUUCAAUGCUUUUCUAGCCAGUGUAUCACUACCCAUUGUAAAAAAUAUUGCGCCCCCAUCUUCAAAAAAGGAGCUUGGUGGUCUCUUCAGUUCAGUCAAUACAUGCACAUCAGAAAUUGAUAAGGAGAAUCAUUUGCCAUCAUUUUUAAUGAAGCAAGUUCAACAUCCAGGUGGCAUGGGUAACCCACAACAACCACGGGGACUUCAACGUAGACGAUCCCGCAUUGCAUUUCUUGAAGAUGAUGAUAUGGAGGCAACCACAAGUCACACUGUUGUAAUUGAAAAAGGUAAUGCUCAGCUUGUUCCAUCCUCUGUCUAUGAAAAUCAUGGAAGCAUAGUAUUAACACCUGCUUUUUCAAACGACGAUUUUUCUGAGAAUGACAAUGCAAUGGAGAUGACAGGUGCUUUUGAUGUAUCUGUACAAGAAAAAGAGCAUACAAUCAGUAUGAAUGAGGAUACUCCUCUUCCAGUUCCUGCAGUAAGCAAGAUGCCCUUUAAUGUAAUUGGAAAUGGAGAGAUAAUGGAAAAAAAACAACCUGAAACCAACCAAACUUUUCAUUCUGGUGACAUGGAGAUGACCGAGACUUUAGAUUUAUCUGUUCAAGAAAAAGAGCAUACACUCAGGAUAAAGGAGGAAGCUGUUCUUACAAUUCCUAGUGAAAGUAAGAUGUCCUCCAUGAAUUUGAUUGGAAAUCGGUCAAAUCUCUCGAUAGUGCAAACUGAUAAUUAUGAUGAUAUGGACAUGACACAGUGUCAAACUAUUGUUCUUGAGACCAAACAGUCAAGUGUAAACAAACCAUUCAGUAACUUGAGGAAAAGUUUGCCUCAUGCGUCAGAAUCCAGAACUGUUCGUGAAAAAGACCAUACAGCCAAUGUUGGCAAGAUGUCAACCUUUAAUUUGAUUGAAAAUGGAUCGAUAAUGGAUCACAACAAAUCAGGCAAUCUCUCGAUAGCCCAAACUACUUGUUGUGAUGAUAUGGAGAUGACACAGUGCCAGACUAUUGUUCUCGGGACUGAAUGCUCAUUCAGCAACUCUAGGCAAAGUUUGCCUCAUGCAUCAGUAUCCAGAACUAUACGAGACACCGAGUAUACUGUAAGUAUGAAGGAGCAAGAUCUGCUUCCAAUUCCCAGAGCAAGUAAAUUGUCUUCCUUUAAUAUGGUUGAAAAUGGAGAGAUAAUGGAUCACAACAAAUCAGGCAAUCUCUCAAUAGCCCGAAUUGCUGGUUCUGAUGAUAUGGAGAUGACACAGUGCCAGACUAUUGUUCUCGGGACAGAACAGUCAAGUGGAAACAACCCAUUCAGCAACUCUAGGAAAAGCUUGACUCAUGCACCAGUAUCCAGAAUGGUUAGAGAUACAGAGAAUACAGUAAGGAUGAAGGAAGAAGCUCUGCUUCCAAUUCCCAGAGCAAGUAAGAUGUCCUCCUUUAAUAUGAUUAAAAAUGGAGAGAUACUGGAUCACAACAAAUCAGGCAAUAUCUCGAUAGCUCAAAUUGCUGGUUCUGAUGAAAUGGAGAUGACACAGUGUCAGACUAUUAUUCUUGAGACCAAACCGUCAAGGAAGAGCUUGCCUUGUCUAUCAGUAUUUGGAAACGAAGGCAGUGAUGGGAUGGACAUGACUACAAGUGCUACAGAUAUCUCAGCUAAGAAAAGAGCGUCAUCAUCUGUCAAUCAAACAAUUACUUUAGUUGAACCUAUGGAUAUUACUGAGGUGCAUAUGUUACCAAUCAGUGAGUGGAAACAUAAAGCAUUUAUGACACGAAGAAGGUCUACAAUGACAGAAAUGGGGAUGAUGUCUUUGUGUGAUCCUGAAGACACUGGUGACAUGGAAAUGACACAGUGUCAGACUGUUGUGCUUGAGGCCAAAAACUAUGAGAGGGGCAAACCAUUGAGUAAAUCAAGGAAAAGUUUGAACGUUGUGUCUGCAUCCUCCAAUUUUGAUGCUGAAUGUAUGGAGAUGACCCAGGCACUCACCGGCAAUAUCAUGUUAAAGAGCCUUAUAUCCAAUGAGAAAAGAAAGACUGAGAGAAAUCUGUUGCCUGCAGCACAAAGAUGUCUUAUGCAGGAUCAAACUGACCGCAUGGAACUGACACUUCAAGCCAGUGCUUCAAGUCUAGCUAUGCCGUCUGUUGAUAAUGAAAUGGAACUAACAGAAAGCAACACCAUUGCAAUUGAUGCAAAAAGCACAUUAGCAACAAGUGCUACAGAGAUCAAAGCAAUUGAAAGUGUACUUGGGGCAUCGCCAUCUGUAUCUACAUGCACAGUGUCAAGUGGAGAACAAAACGAGAUGACUGAAGCUGCUAAGAAUGAUAUUAAGCAAGACACCUUACCCUCUAAAAAUAUCCCAUUUGCUCUUAAGUCAGGGGAAAAUCUCCAGUGCAACACUACAGAGGCUAUGUUAUGUGUUCCAGAUGACAUGCAAAUGGGAAAAAACGGAGAUAUGGCACAAUCAAGCAAUGUGACAAGUAUGAGGACAAGUUUACCCUUAACAAUGACCUCCGAGUCCUCUAAUGAAUACAACAACAUGCAGGAUGCAAAGUUUCUCACGAUGCCUAUUGAAACACAGAACAAUGUCUCAUUUAACCAGAAAGAAGUGGUGAAUAUAGAGACCCUAUCUGGCACUAGAAAUGUAGAGAUGGGUCAUGUUCCUUGCCUUCGCAAAGAUUCAGUCCAACUUGAAGUUUCCUCCUCAACUGACUCUGUAGCUGAUUGCUUCAUUAAAGAAGAGCUACAACAUGCAAAAUCAAGACGAAGAAGUUUAGCAGACUUUAAGAUGGAGCUUCAAAAUAUAUCACGGCAUAUUAAUGUAGAGCAAGAGGUAAUGAGGGGUAGCACAACUGCACCUCUGCCCUCAUGUUUCCUCCCAGAGAUUUCCCUCAAUGAUAAAGAGCAAUGUGAAAUAGCUGGUUCCACAGAGCAAGCACCAAUUGCUACACCUAUGAUCAAACAGAAAGAUAAUUCUGUUCAAAAUCAGAAGACUACACCUUUCAGCCUUAAAAAGAAGCCAUUCUCAUCAAGGUUAUCAUUUUGUGGUAUCGUACCAAAGCUUACAAAACGAGCUACUGUAACCCCAAACAAAACUGUCGCCAUAACUACUAAAGGUUUACAAUGUCUUCCACUGGAUAAACAUUUUGAUGUCAUUGAGCAAAAUAGCAACUGCGAAACAGUCAACAUCAAUGAUGAAGAAUUUCCCGAGAUGAGCAGUGAAGAGGACUUGUCAGGGAGUCUUGAAAAUUGGCCAGUCAAUAAGGAAGAUGAAUGUAAUGAAGCUUUGACUGUACCUACACAUGAAGAGCCUUUUCAAGAUGAUGUCUUUGAGGCAAACACAAGCACAAGCCAGCGUUUGAAAAGGCCAUAUACAGAGGAAGGCUAUGUUACAGCAGAACAAACCAAGAAAGCCUACAUCUCUGACAUGGGGCCUGGCUGUCAUGAAGCUGCCGUGCAGUGGGAAGGUAAUUUUACAAGUCAUGCUGCUCAGAAUAACAAGGCAAAGACAAUAGAAGAAACAGGAGUUUCUGAAUCCACUUUCAGAAAUUCCCAGUGUGACUCUCACUUGGAUGGGACAAUGAAUCAUGAGUUUGAUUUCAACAAGAAACUUGAGGAUGGAAGCAUCACAGUGAAUGAGUUCCUAAGCUACUUUGGUGUCAACUUUGUUAUCCACAGAUCUAGACCAAGUGCUCUGCCUGAGAGUUGUAGAGCUGGAGAGACUCUCACCAUGGAAGAUUUGCUCAAAGAGAAAUACAUGUAUCACCCCAAGCAGAGAGUGUAUGAGCAAGACUGCAAGAACCUAACAGAUAUAGUGGAGAGACUUAAAGAACAAAUGCCUGAACAAGAAAAACCCCUGAGAUGUAUCAAUGGAGCUCUUCACCAAGAGACAUGUACUCUCUCUAAAGAGAAGUUAAAAAGCUUUGGGUCCAAGUUGAAAGAGCGACGAGUUUACUUUGGAAAGAGGAGCAAAGCACUUUCUCAUGAAAUGAAAGGAGUCUUGUACUCUGAGCUCAGUAAAACAGCACAGGAUGCAAAACAGAGCCUGCUAUCUAAAAUCAAGGAGACGGAUGAAAUGAUCACAGAGUUGGAUGGAUGCAUUAAUGAACUAGAGACUGAACUUGCAGCUGUAAAUGCAGUGGUUAUGGGCGACCAUCAUAACAAUCCCGAAUACAGACCAGCCUUGAAAGCAAAGGAAGAAGAUUUACAUAACCUUCAUUCAGCUGUCACUAAGAAGGAGAGGGAAAAUGCUGAGCUGGAAAGUCAGUUGAAGACUUUGGAGGGCCAACAAGAGAAGCUGCGAGGGGAAACCAGAGGCCUUAAAAGUCAUCUUGCAACUUUGAACUGUUUGAAUGAGUGGCGUCUGAAUGAGACAGAUGAAAGUGGGGCUUUGUUUACCUUCCUUCAUAACACUGUACAUCUUCAGGUGAAACUGCAAACACCUGCUGGAAAGGAAUGGAUGACUGAGGAUGUGGAGCGAAAUAUAGAGAUAUCCUUCCAGAUGCAGUUGGAUGUGGACAAGUCUGAGUGUCAUGCAAGCAUGGUUCACAAGUUACUCGCACUACACCAUCGGUCUCAAACUCAGUGGCUGCAGAGGUACCCUACAUCUCGACAUAUACCAGAGCUACUCCAUGACCUCAGUUUGGUGGUGGGCCGUCUGAGGCUCUUGGGUGAGGAAAUCCAUCGGCUGAAGAAAUGGGGAGGAUUGAAACUUCGCAUUCUGAGGAUCAACUGUGUGGACACACAAGUUCACAUUGUCUUUUCAAGUGUGAAAGCAUUUGAAAAGUUUGAGUUAAUCCUAAGGAUUACCCCAGACUAUCCCUUUGGACCACUUGAAAUACAGGAUUUCAGCAUUCAUGUUGGAAGUACAAGGUUAAAUCAGAUCGAAGACAUUAUAUCAUCAGUUAAACCAGCCAACAACUAUCUAACAAAAGUCCUGAAGAAGAUAUACGACGACCUCCUAAGUUAAGAUCUUAGGCCAUCUUAUUUUAACCUCUCCCUCUCUGUACCUUUUUGUCUUUUACAUGCUUGUAAAUACUGAUGUUUGUAUGAUGAACAAAAUUAAUAAAAAAACAACUACAAACCACAAAGUUUGGU